AUGGAUGGUAUGAAUGUAACUGUCACGGGAUAUGAAGGCAAUGGCACCAGCUGCACAGAUAUCAAUGAAUGCGAAACAAAUCCUUGUGAUGAAAAUGCAAAUUGUACAAAUGUAGAUGGUUCGUAUGAAUGUACCUGCCAUGAGGGCUAUGAAGGAAACGGCAAAAAUUGUACAGAUUUCAAUAAGUGCGAAGACAAUCCUUGCCAUGUGAAUGCAAAUUGCACCACUGUUAAUGGAUGGUAUGAAUGUAACUGUCACGAGGGAUAUGAAGGCAAUGGCACCAGCUGCACAGAUAUCAAUGAAUGCGAAACAAAUCCUUGUGAUGAAAAUGCAAAUUGUACAAAUGUAGAUGGUUCGUAUGAAUGUACCUGCCAUGAGGGCUAUGAAGGAAACGGCAAAAAUUGUACAGAUAUCAAUGAAUGCGAAACAAAUCCUUGUGAUGAAAAUGCAAAUUGUACAAAUGUAGAUGGUUCGUAUGAAUGUACCUGCCAUGAGGGCUAUGAAGGAAACGGCAAAAAUUGUACAGAUAUCAAUGAAUGCGAAACAAAUCCUUGUGAUGAAAAUGCAAAUUGUACAAAUGUAGAUGGUUCGUAUGAAUGUACCUGCCAUGAGGGCUAUGAAGGAAACGGCAAAAAUUGUACAGAUUUCAAUAAGUGCGAAGACAAUCCUUGCCAUGUGAAUGCAAAUUGCACCACUGUUAAUGGAUGGUAUGAAUGUAACUGUCACGAGGGAUAUGAAGGCAAUGGCACCAGCUGCACAGAUAUCAAUGAAUGCGAAACAAAUCCUUGUGAUGAAAAUGCAAAUUGUACAAAUGUAGAUGGUUCGUAUGAAUGUACCUGCCAUGAGGGCUAUGAAGGAAACGGCAAAAAUUGUACAGAUUUCAAUAAGUGCGAAGACAAUCCUUGCCAUGUGAAUGCAAAUUGCACCACUGUUAAUGGAUGGUAUGAAUGUAACUGUCACGAGGGAUAUGAAGGCAAUGGCACCAGCUGCACAGAUAUCAAUGAAUGCGAAACAAAUCCU